UACUGGCGCUUUGCUGUCGAGUCACCUCUGUCAAGCGGGAUGGAGGAAAAGGAGCCGCUAUUAUGCUGAUAAACGCAGGAUCCCGACGGACUGAGCAUCAUUAACCGACAUUAGUUCAGUUUAAACUGAUCAUUUAUCUUUAAAUUACCGAAUUUGUCUUGUCACAGUUUGCCAAAAUGAUGGAAGAAAUCGACAGGUUCCAAGUGCCUCCUGUCAACGGAGAGACACAGCCUUUGGACCCAGCAGCGUCCUCUACUUUGGAGGUGGCAUCGGACACUAAAGGAGAGAGCGUGGCCAUGAACUACAAGCCCUCCCCACUGCAAGUCCAGAUAGAGAAACAGAGGGACCUUGCCAGGAAGGCUUCAGUGAAGAAUGGCACCGUGGGAAGUCCUGUCAAUCAGCAACCCAAGAAAAACGCCAGGACAAGGUUGGUCGUGCCAAACAAAGGUUACUCCUCUUUAGACCAGAGCCCGGAUGAGAAGCCUCUAGUUGCGUUGGACACUGACAGUGAUGAUGACUUCGACAUGUCCAGAUACUCUUCAUCAGGAUACUCCUCAGCCGAGGUGAGAUGUCUGAGGGACCAGCAAAUUAACCAGGACCUGAACAUCCAGCUCCUGAAGGACGGGUACCGGCUUGACGAGAUCCCAGAUGACGAGGACCUGGAUCUGAUCCCCCCUAAAGCAGUGAACCCCACCUGCAUGUGCUGCCAGGCCGCCCCCUCCACAGCCUGUCAGAUCCAGUAGCUGCCCCGCUCCUCCUUCAUCCCUAAAUGUUCUUUUUUGCCAGCUGCUGAACAGAAUGGCAUCGAGGAGGAAAAAAAACAAACUGUCGACUUGAAAACCAGGCAAAGGCAAAACUAAUAGAAUGGGGGCGGAGGAAACUGAAUAUGUACAGUAGCUGUGCAUGUUCCUCCUAUGGCAGGAUCUGUGUGUCUUACGUCUGCGAUGUUGGUUCAGCGGGGAUGGAUUCAACUCAUGGCAAAGACCUUACCUCGAAGAAAACAAAGCUACUUUUGUUCGAGUUGUAGCUCUUGCUUGGGGAGUUUUUGUUUUUUGCAUAAAACGAUUGUGCAACAUUGCAGAAGAGGAGAAACGACAAGAAGGGACAAGAAAGAAUUGGCCAAAUUGCUUUUUUUUGUCAUUACUGUGUCAGUGGGCUUUUCCAGGCACUCCACUUCCUCUCCUGGUGUAUAAUUUGCGAUCCAAUAUGAUGGAGUAUAGGACAUUAGAAGUUUGAACGAGGCCAUUUUAUUUCCAAUUCUCUCAUUUCUUUCACCUGGUCUGCUUCGUCUUCCCCUGUAUGUGAGAACCAGACGUGUGUGAGUUUGGUCAUGCCCAGAAAAAAAAAGCAGCGUGAAUGAAACACUAGUGCUCACCCUCUCAACACUAAGCUACCAGUCAGUCUGUUAUACUGAGAUCUUGUCCUGCUUAUAUCUGUUUUAUAUUUAGUUAUAAGAAGCAGAAAAAUGCAUGUUGCCUGUUUACACUACGUCCUGAUGCCAGAUGUGCAGAUAUUUAUUUUAAUCUACUGACCCACAGCCAACUCCGUGUAUUGAAGAAACAUUGUGUGCUUUGUAAAAUGGAACAUCGUCCGUCAUAUUGAGGUUCACCUUCCGCCAUUUUAGUAGAUGUAAGGGGAGAAAAGCAUCGCAGCACACAUCGUGCAUAAAUCCAUGUCACAGCAUUCUCACACACUGAAGGUUACGUCAUAGAUUGUAUACAUGAAUGAGGGAAAUGAAUGAAGACAUAGGCUUAGAAUUGUAUGUUUUUAGUUUUAUUUACUGAUGUUUGAACUGUGGCCAAAUAAUAAUAAUGCCCCUGGUAAAGACGUGCUAAAAAAAUAAAUUAAUCUUUCAAAUUUCAUAAUGAAGGAAAUAAUCACAGCUGACACCACCUGAAAUAAUGCAUAUAAAAUAAAUGUAGCUGAAGAAUUUCCUAAUAUACACAUGUAUUUUAAGUUAAACACUUUCUAGGAAUGUUUCAUUACUAAUCCCCGACUUCAGGUUUCUUCGACGUGUGAAUAUCAUGCACCCAUCCCUUACACUUGCCUGUUUGCAGCGGGGCUGGAGCUUUUCUAGUGGUUAUUUGGCAGGUGGCACAGUGGUGCAACACCCAUGCAUGCACGCACAUACACACACACACACACACACACACACACACACACACACACAC